UUUUCUUUGAUUAAAUAAGCACUAGGGCACCUUUUUUAAAAAAACUCCCUGUGGUAUUCAGAAUCAACCCUGAAAGCUGAAACCUCAGACUGUCUCUCCAAGAUGUAUCUCAGUGCUGCCAACCACCGCAUACCACUAAGUGAUGGAAACAGCAUUCCCAUCAUUGGACUUGGUACCUACUCACAGCCUAAAUCGGCCCGGAAGGGGGACUGUGCAACAUCAGUGAAGGUUGCCAUUGACACAGGGUACCGACACAUUGACGGAGCCUAUGUCUAUCACAAUGAGCAUGAAAUUGGGGAAGCCAUCAGGGAGAAGAUAGCAGAAGGAAAGGUGCGGAGGGAGGACAUCUUCUACUGUGGAAAGCUGUGGGCUACAAGUCUUGUUCCAGAAUUGGUCCGCCCAACCUUGGAAAAAACCCUCAAGGUCCUCCAGCUAGAUUACGUGGAUCUUUACAUCAUUGAAAUACCCAUGGCUUUCAAGCCAGGAGAUGACUUAAACCCUAGAGAUGAGAAUGGCAAAUGGAUAUAUCACAAGUCAGAUCUGUGUGCCACGUGGGAGGCUCUAGAAGCUUGCAAAGAUGCUGGCUUGGUGAAAUCCCUGGGAGUAUCCAAUUUUAACCGUAGGCAACUGGAGCUCAUCCUGAACAAGCCAGAACUUAAGCACAAGCCAGUCAGCAACCAGGUUGAGUGCCACCCAUAUUUCACCCAGCCAAAACUCUUGAAAUUUUGCCAACAGCAUGACAUUGUCAUUGUUGCAUAUAGCCCUUUGGGGACCAGUAGGGAUCCAACCUGGGUGAAUGUUUCUUCUCCACCUUUGUUAAAGGAUGAACUUCUGAACUCAUUGGGGAAAAAGUACUGUAAGACGGCAGCGCAAGUUAUUUUGCGUUUCAACAUCCAGCGAGGGGUGGUUGUCAUUCCUAAAAGCUUUAAUCCUGAAAGGGUCAAAGAAAAUUUUCAAAUCUUUGACUUUUCUCUCACUGAAAAGGAAAUGAAGGAUAUCGAAGCCUUGAAUAAAAAUAUCCGCUUCGUGGAACUGCUCAUGUGGAGCGAUCAUCCUGAAUACCCAUUUCAUGAUGAAUACUGACUUGAGAGAGUUCCUGAACAUAUUUUUCCCUGUGCCAGGACCUAGGAGUGGAGUUCCCACAGAUGUGAAAAUGAAAGAGGUUUAACUGUCAAUAGAUGAAGUGGUGAUGGAAGCAUUCUUAACUUCUGUGUAGUGGAAGUGACUUUGACUCACACACAUUGAAAAAAAAUUUAAAUCUGUCAAAAUAAUUCUUAGGAAAUUAUCAGCUAGCAUUUUGUUAGAUCAGUUGCCUUCUAGGUUCCAGACAGAAAACCAUUAAACUUCACAAAAGACUUCAAAGGCAACAUAUGAUGACAAGUAAUCCAUGUAUCUGGAUAGCACCAUUGGUAGUCUAAGUUCUUCAGCAGUUAACAGUACAGCAAAGAGAAUGGAGAGCCAGUGUGUGCCAGGGUGCUGGCAGUGGCUUUGAGAACUUGGACCACUGAAUGUAAAACAGACACAGCAAAGAAAAGAUCCACACAUGCAUUUUUAACAA